AUGGUGUUGAACAGCAAUGUGGUGGUGAGGGUAGCAAAUAUAUCAGCAAAUAUAUGCCAAUACAUAGCCUGCAACCCUGAGAGAUUGAGUAGCCACCAAGUGCUGCACCUCCUCUUCUGCUUCCCUUUCCACCAGCUACGACGUCGUUUGGUCGCCUUCAUAUGCCUCCCUUAUCUUUCCUCCUCAUCCUCUUCCGAAGACGAUGAUGACGAUGAAGAUUCUUCCCAUGAUUCUUCCGACGAUCUCUCUGCCUACGCCAGCAAUUCACACUCCGAUUGA